UUAUUCGUACGUGGCAUUUGUGACGUGAUUAUCAGAUUUAUAUGUUUUAAUUCUAUAAAACAUAUAACGAGUUUCUUUGAGGAAAAGAAAAAAUAAAUUUUUUGUUACUACUUCUACGAUUUUGCGGGAUCUUUGGAAUAACUAAAGAGGAUAAGCAGAUAAUUGGAUAAAUACGAUUAUUGAGAGAUUCGUUGCAUCACCAUUAAACAGUGGAAUACAGUGAAAAUAUGACUGCUGUGCAGCCUGUUUCAUCGAACAAUAUUCUCAAUGGCUAUAGUAAGAAUGAAAAGGUACUUAAUGGAUCUUGUAUUCGAUAUGCGGUAGCUAGUAAAACAGGCCUCGAUGGCCCGGAUCAAGUGUUAACGUCAGAUGUAAAUGUAACAACAGAAGCUAAUGGUCGAAUUAGAAUACAAUUGGGUGAAGAUAUUAAUGCAACAUUACCUAUUUCUAUACCUGGUCUUUUAUCAGGAAUUGCUAAAAAGUUUCCGGAUCAAAUAGCUUUGGUAUCACGACCAGGAUUAGAUGGUACAAAUACAACAUACACUUAUAAGCAAUAUGAGACUGAAGUAAAAACUGUAGCCAAAGCAUUUUUAAAACUAGGUUUGGAAAGAUAUCAUAGCGUCUGUAUUCUAGGGUUUAAUAGUCCACAAUGGUUCAUAACUGAUAUCGCUGCUAUAUAUGCUGGAGGAUUGGCUGCUGGAAUUUACACGACAAAUUCUGCAGAAGCGUGUCAAUAUAAUGCACAACACAGUAAAGCAAAUAUAAUAGUAGUUGAAGAUUCUAAGCAAUUAGAAAAAAUAUUAACAAUUAAAAAAAAUUUAGUCCAUUUAAAGGCUAUUAUUCAAUAUGAAGGAAUACCUAAGGAGAAAGGUGUAUUAAGUUGGGAUGAAUUAUUAGAAAUUGGUAAAAAAGAAUCUGAUGAUAAAUUAGAAGCAGUUUUAAAAACCAUUGGUGCUAACGAAUGUUGUACAUUAGUAUAUACUUCUGGCACAGUUGGUAAUCCAAAAGCUGUUAUGUUAAGUCAUGAUAAUCUUGUACAUGACUCAAGAGUCAUUAGGAAAUAUAUUAAUUUUUUAGAUAUAAAUGAAAUUUGGGUCAGUUACUUACCACUGUCUCAUGUUGCAGCACAGAUAGUUGACAUAUUUCUAACUAUGUCUGUAGCAGCUACAGUAUAUUUCGCAGAUAAGAAUGCUCUUAAAGGAAGUUUGGUAAACACCUUAGUAACAGCAAAGCCUACUGCUUUCUUAGGUGUACCAAGAGUAUGGGAAAAAAUUUAUGAGAAAAUGCAAUUAGUAGCACGUAACAAUGGACGUGUAAAAACUUGGAUAGCAAAUUGGGCAAAAUCCCAAGGUCUCAUUUAUAACAUGAACAGAAUGAAUGGUAUAGAUUACAAACAUUGGGGUUACAUUAUAGCUAAAUGGCUUGUCUUCGAUAAAGUAAAAACAACUUUAGGUUUAAACAGAUGUAAAAUAUUUGUCACUGCAGCAGCACCUUUAAGCGUAGAAAUUAAAAAAUACUUUUUGAGUCUAGAUAUUCCUAUAAUGGAAGCAUUUGGUAUGUCCGAAUGUAGCGGAGCACAUAGUAUAUCUUUAAAGAAUAAUUACAGAUUAGGCAGCGUUGGUUCUGUUCUGCCUGGUUUUCGUACGAGAUUAGACAAUCCUAAUGAAACUGGAGAAGGUGAAAUUUGUAUGUAUGGUCGACAUAUUUUUAUGGGAUAUUUGAAUGAACCAGAAAAAACAAUAGAAGCCAAAACUGAAGACGGAUGGUUGCACAGUGGUGAUCUUGGCAGAUUAGAUUCUAAUGGCUUGUUAUACAUUACCGGCAGAAUAAAAGAACUGAUCAUUACGGCAGGUGGAGAAAAUAUAUCACCUCUCCACAUAGAAGAAUUAAUCUUGUCCGAAUUACCUGUUCUUAGUAAUGCUUUGCUGAUUGGGGAUAAAAGAAAAUACCUGACAGUUUUAAUUACAUUAAAGGCUGAAAUAAAAGAAGAUACUGGUGAUCCAUUAGAUACGUUAACUCCAAGUACACUAGCAUGGUUAAAAUCUAUAGGAAGUAAUUCAAAAACGAUCAGCGAUAUCGUGAAUUCAAGAGAUCCACUUGUGCAUAAGGAAAUAGAAGAAGCUAUUAAAAGAGCUAAUACAAAAGCAAUCAGUAAUGCACAGAAAGUACAAAAAUUUCGGAUUUUACCGCAUGAUUUCUCAAUUUUAACGGGAGAAUUAGGUCCAACAUUAAAACUGAAAAGAAAUGUUGUUUGUAAUAAGUAUGCCAAUCUGAUUGAAGAGAUGUAUCAAUGA